AUGGUGAACACACGAAGCCAGAAGAGAGAAGGAAAAGCAAAGAGAGAACGCGGGGCAGUCGACGGCAGUCAUCAGCCAUCCAGAAAGCCUUCUGUACACCUGACAGCUGAGGAGUACGAGGCCUAUCAGAGCCAUUGUAAUCGCAUGUCAAUCACUCGGACUGAAUACGCGCCUAACCCAGAUGCCGUCAUACGCAAUUAUGAUGAUCUCAAUACUAGGGUCAAAGCAUGGAAUGAGGAAUACAUCUGCGAAGACAUGCCCUCCCUUUCCGAGAACCAGAAACAGAAGAUCAUUCAAGGUCUAGAUACAUUCUGUAUUCAAGAACCUUGGGAUACCAUUCAAGCCUUACUCUCUCCCGAAUCCCGUGAUCAAUUUCAUCUAUACUUGUGUGAAGCCAUGGUCAAUAAAUUGAUCUUCACCCGGUUUCUCGAAAGGCCAUUCUGGUUCCUGGAUGGGAAACUGGAUGAAAAUGAUGAGACUGGAGAUCCGUCGUUCGCUGAGCGACUUCACUAUCUGUAUCAAAGAUACCACGAAGCAAGUCCUGUGAACGCAGUUUGGUGGAGGAUGGUCACCCUCGGCCUGGCCAACCUGAAGAAAGACUUUUCGCCCAGGGAUCCUCGUGACAACCCUCCUUAUGUUUUUGGGGAUGAAAAUCGAAAGCGACAGGCGAACAUAGCAGAGAAUCUGGCGGAUCAUCUUCUAGAGGACAGCCUGUUUCAGCUAUUUCUUGAUGAGUUGGCCGGUGCGGAAGAGGAUACGAGGCGUCGUAGGCUGAUCGGGGUUCUCCAAGUCGGUGCGCAGUAUCUCACAGCGCAUGAGUUGGCAUUGGGAGGACAAGUAAAGGUUCAUCAACUGCCCGAGUUGAAGCAGUUUGACCCAGCUACAGGAAUUAUGUUCUCGGGUCGGGUCCAUCAAAGGGAGCGGAAGAAUACUCCGCCCUUGGUUCCCAAGCCUCACGGCCGGGUGAUCCUCGUUCUACGACCUGGGGUAUACCGAUACGAUCUUCCCAACAAAUCUGAGGUUAUGGUGGAAGCAGUCAAGGCCAGCAACCCAUCUGACGCAAGUCAGCCCGACCCCGAGGAUGAGGGUGUCUGGUUCCAACGCGGUUGGGGCUAA